UGCUUAAAAGCCGAUAGCCUCUUCUCGGGUUUGUCAGUCGGUUGCGAAAUCUUGCCAAGAAACAUGAAAGCCAUAAUUGCUCUUUUCGGAAUUGUGUUGUUCGCCAUUGCUGGAGCGAUGGGUACACCUGUUGUAGUUGGACUGCCUGUUCCGCUGCCCAUUGGCGUGGGAUUCGGAAUACCACCGCCUCCACCUCCGUCCUAUGGAUACUAUUCGUACCCCUAUCACCACCACCAUCAUAAUUAUGGAUAUGGCGGUUAUGGAAACUAUGGAAAUAGAUACUAUGGAUACUGAGAAGCCACCGAGUGGAAAUACAGAAUAUUAUGAAAUAUUUUAUAUUAUUUAUUAAACUAUUU